CAUACCCCAAGAAACCAUAGUCAAAUUUUAUCAGCAUGUGCGUCUAUUCUACAUUACACUGACAUCUUCUCUGGUGAAAAAAUUCCCCUUCAAAGAUGACGUACUAAAGACCUUGUCCUUCCUUAAUCCAGAGACCAGAGACAAGGCAUCCCCUGAAGCUGUGGUGCAGCUAGGGAAGAGGGUCCUUCCUGACAUAGACAUUGAUAAGCUUCAAGAAGAAGCAGAAGAGUACAAUGUAACACCAAUGGAGUCACUCCCCCCCUAUCGUGAGGCUAUCGUUUCAAAAGUACCAGAUGUUGAAACAAUGGAGGAGGUAACAGAGGCAUCCCUACAGUCAUUCUGGGUAAACAUGAGAAACAGAACUCUUCCUGGAAGAGCCCAGAAGCAGUUCAGUGUGCUAGGUGGUGUUGCCUUGGCUUGUUUGACAAUUCCCCAUUCAAAUGCUGACCUUGAACGAUGUUUCAGUAUCCUUAGAAAAAUCCAAACUGACUCAAGACAUGCACUUUCAACUGAAACGAUCCAUAGUUUGAUAAGUGUCAAGUUUAACGAACACCACAGCUGUGUGGAAUAUAAUUAUACCAUCAGUUGAAUCAGUAAGAAAGAGUAAGAACUGUUCGAAUUGAAAGACAUCUAGAUCUAUGUGGAUAAACUGAAAAGUACUAAUUAAUUAAAUUAGUGAAAAGUAGUGGACAAUGACAGUUUUGAGUAAAAGAUAUAAUAUGCAAGCAGGCUUCGCGAAAGUUGCCGGACCGUCGGACAUGUCCGGCAAAAAUCAGGCCGGUCCGAUAUUUUUUUUCGGAGUUCCGGACCUUAUGUCCGGUACGAAUACCGGGAUAUAUCCAAGACCGAUCAAGACCGAGUUUUCUCCCUUGAAUAAAAAAAAUGUAAAACGAGUUUUGAUUCGCCGUUUCCUUUUAAGUGCCCAAUCAAAUUCUAGAUACAUACGACUGUCAAUAACCAAAAUGUCGGUGUUUUUACAAUACUACGCUGGCGCUACGCCCGGAAAAAAACGCAAACUGUCAAAUGAAGAAAAAAAAGAAAAACAGAAAGAAUACGAGGCCAGGCGCCCGCCGCGAAAAUUUGUUGACAAGUGGAAAAAUGGUCGCUCCUGGUUAGUUUUCCUGGAGGAAGAUAAGAAGAUGAAAUGUGCACUAUGUUCUAAUUUUUAUAAAGAUCGUGCAAUGGACGAUCGCAUAUUGUCUAAAAAUACAUUCAUAUUGGGUUGUGGCAACCUAAAAAUUUCUGCAAUUGAGGACCAUGAAAAAUCAAAAAGUCAUGAGAAAGCCGUCACCAGUGAAAUGUCAAAAAGUAGGACAGUUGCUGAAAAAAUGAAUUCUGAUGCUGGCAAGUCACUGAAAAUGUUGAAGCAAGCGGAAAGACACAAGGUUGCCUACCUGUUCAGAAAUGCACAUGCUGUUGCAAAACAAAAUCGUCCCAUAUCUGACUAUAAAUGGCUGUGUGAGGUAGAUCAAGCUAAAAAGCUGGACAUUGGUAAUACAUAUGUAAAUGAUAAGGCUGCUGUUGAUUUCAUUAGCUGCAUUGCACAGUGUGAAAAAGAAAAGACUGUACAAAUUCUAAAUGACAGUUCAUUCUUUUCAUUCAUGAUGGAUGGAACAACCGAUAUAUCUGGAGGUAAUAUAUACUUUUUCAAAAGAUGUUGCACUUUAAUUUUUUAAUAGAUCUUAACCUCUCAG